CCGUCUCGCCCCGCGCGCGGGUUCGUGCUCGGGUUUCCGCGCGGCCUCUGGCCUGCGCCCCCCGGCCCACUUCUUGCAAGUCUGGCCUGCACUGCGCGGCGCGAGCACCAUGCUCUUCUAUUCCUUUUUCAAGUCUCUUGUGGGCAAGGACGUGGUGGUGGAACUCAAGAAUGACCUGAGCAUCUGUGGAACUCUCCAUUCUGUAGAUCAGUAUCUCAACAUCAAACUAACUGACAUCAGUGUCACAGACCCUGAGAAAUACCCCCACAUGUUAUCGGUGAAGAACUGCUUCAUCCGGGGCUCUGUGGUCCGGUAUGUGCAACUGCCAGCGGAUGAGGUUGACACACAGUUGCUACAAGAUGCAGCAAGGAAGGAGGCGCUGCAGCAGAAACAGUGAUGAUCCUCUGCAUCAGUGCCCUUUAACCUCAUGCCCCAGGCAGGACCCUAUUCCUACAGAUUUUCCUACAUAUUUGAGGUGCUGUGUUUGAUUCAGUAGAGAACGCUUUUUUAAAAAGGAAUGAAGAAAUGAAAGGAAUAAUAGUAGGGUGGGAGAAACUAUCCUCUGUUGAGAAGGGGAGGAUUGAUCUAAUGGGGUGGGGGGCUAUAGUGCCUGCCCUAUCCCCAGCACCUGCCCUUCUCGUUCUUCCUCUGGAGAAGGGGACGUUUCCCCUAGAUCUCUUCAGGGCAGGAGGUGAUUCAUUUUUGGGGAUGGAAAGAAUCUGUCUCCCGCAUCGGGAAUAAAAUUUAUGAUGCAAAUUUGA